AUGCUUAAAAUGGGCGAAUUUAAUCAAGCUGAAGAAAUAUAUGCACCACAACUUGAUUCAACGGAUGAAAAGAAUUGGCAAAAACAUGCUCAUCUCAAUAAUCAACUUGGAUAUAUCUACCGCCAGAAAGGUGAUUAUAAAGCUGCACUUUCAUAUUAUCAAAAAGCGCUCGAAAUUCGACAGAAAACACUCCCAUCAAAUCAUCCUGGCUUUGGAACUAUAUAUAGUAAUAGCGGUGGACUACAUCAAGAUAUGAGAGACUAA